AUGGCUAGAUCACAGAGCCUUAAUGAUGGAACUGUUAAAGUCCAUUCUUCCAUUGCCUUGUUGCAGGAGAGGUUUAAGCAACUGCAGAGGGCCAAGGAGAUGAGGGAGGAGAGAGAGCUCUUGAGGCAGCUCAUAGCCGAAUCUGCAGAGAGGGCCACCCAAACUCAGGUCGCCGAGCAUUUUGAGCCGAAAGGGUUGGUGUUUCAAUCUGAAAUGACAGUUUCGCAGCCGCAGGUCUCAAUGUACCUCCAACCCAGUUACUUGCAGAGCAAGCAAAAUUAUCAAGCAGUCAUGCGCAGACCAGGAAAACUUGACGAUUCGGAUGUGGACACUUCUCUUCACCUUUGA